AUGAUGGCAACUCCCUCUGGGGCUUAUCUGCCCACCCGACCAUCACCUAUUCUUGAGCCAAUCCCCCAUUACCCCAGCAAUGCCAUCCCAGAGGAGCGGGUCACAUUACGCAUGGGUAUUAUCUUGUCCAAUGGCGUUCGUGUCGACCACCAAUUCACAUUCCCCGCCAUGAACAUCGCCAACUGCAUCAUCCAUGGCGAAGGGGAAAUGUACUCGGUAGAAAUCACCCACCGAUGCACCUGCCGACGGCUCCUGCAUGAGGAGCUGGUGCGGAUGCUUCCCGGGUUCUUACGCGAAAAUGACGUGUAUUGGUUCCGCACCAGGAACCCCGAGACCAACAUCCAACAUACCUGUUUAUUCGACGGCGCGGAACUCGAAAUGCAGCUCGUGACCUCGCACGUCCCUGAAUGUGGCUUCUGUUUUGCGCGGCGAGCGUUUAUUGCCGAGCGGGAUGCCUUUGACCGGCAACAGGGCCAGAUGCCUCGGGGUUCGGCAUCGUCGACUUCCCCGCGCGACCACAGUCUGAGCGCUGGGUGGACGUUCCGGGAGCCGUCCGAUACGGAACGAUUACGGGUGAAUCGUCAUGGGUGGGAGAUUAUGUUUGUUCUGCAUCCUGAUGCGCGGGAGGGCGCGGUGACUAUCUCGAGGUUGCGGAUGGAACUGUGUCGGCUGUUGUGCAUUUCGGACCCGAGACGGGUCAUCUUGACGAGUGGGCCGUUUACCUGGGGAGGAGAUUUCCAGGAAGAUGGUAAGGACUACUACAGCACUUAUUUCGUACAUGAUUUGAUUGUCGAAGUCCACCCCAUGAGCACCUCGAGACUAAACCCCACCGGCAUGUCGACUGUCUCUGAGAACCCGACCCGUCCCCACCGUUGUGUUUACUGCGGCCUCUGCUUCAAGCGAUCAGAACACCUGAAGCGCCAUGUGAGGAGGCACACCAAGGAAAGACCCUUUCGCUGUCGAAUUUGCGGGGAGAGCUUUUCCCGAAAGGAAUUGCAUGACCGCCAUCAACGCACCCGCCAUGGCGCGACUUCAAGCAUUCCAUUGCCGGAAAUUGUCGAAUCAGAGCCAUCGGCAGCCACCCAGCCGAAGUCAUACUCAUCAGGGCAGGUCGAUGCUGCUCAAGGUGACUCUCCCAGUCGAGCACCAUUCCCCUCCUUUGUUGAGGAGCCGGGACCAGCAUUGCACGCUCCUUUAGCGCCAGAGACACAUCGACAUGAGAAUCUUUACUUGGCCGGGGCUCCAGGUAGUCCUGCGUUCCAAGAAAAUGCGUACUCUGUGAUCUCCGAUCGGCGCCGCGAGUCUCGGCUCCAGACGCCUUCAGGAAGCGAGACUCCCCCGUGGCUGAAACUGCCCAGCGGGCUGGAGUUCGCAUCGCUGCUCUCGGCAUUGAAUAGGUCUCCGUUAUCUACGAGCCUUCCGACACCGCUACGGCUGAGUACACCGCAAAGCGAGGCGAUCUUUGAAAAUGAUCGGAAUGAGACUGCCCGUUUGGGGAUCGAGAAAGCGCUGGAGGGCUUGAGGAGUAUCAAUGUCGCCGGGGGCGAAGAAUAUUCCCAUCGCUUCAAGAUCCCCGAGAUGGAUUCUCUCUACCGCUACUGGCACAUGUUCUUCGAGAUACCCCAUAAGAACCUUCCGUUUGCUCAUCCGAAGUCGGAAAUCUAUCAAAUACCAGCGAUUGCUAUUGGAGUUCUCGCCGAUGGAGCGAUGUACUGUGACGAACCCGAGGUGGGCCAAAUGCUGUUCGAGGCCUCCCGUCGUAUUAUCGCUCAUCACUUGAACACGCUCUAUACCCGCGAGAACAAUACUAUACCUAUCUGGAUCUUCACCACGCUCUUGCUGAACUGUGUCUUUGGUCUGCCGGGGGGCAAGUCUAGCGAGAGCGACAUUACCCUCGGCAGUCUCGACAGCUUGAUAAAUCUUGCGCGGGUGAUCGAAUCUGGCCCGGCAAUGGAUCUCGUCGAUCAGGCAUCCACAGUGGAGGAGAAAUGGAAGAGUUACAUCGAGGGAGAAUCUCACCGCAGAUCAAUUUUGUGCUUCAUUGUGGUGAGCGGGUUGUGGUCAGUGGCAUAUGAGCCAAUCGUCAAUGUUCUGGACUUUCCAUUCAGUCUGAUCGAAUUUCCAUGGUCGGAGACCUUGUGGAAUGCUCGUUCAGCCGUCCAAUGGCAUGUACUCUAUCAGAACCCGAGAAGUCGAUCGCCGGGCAGCUGGUCAGAGAAUGUGGAGGCCCUGCUGUUCGGUCGGCCGCAGCCAUUGAACGGCCUGGCCUCUCUUUGUCUUGUGGUCGGGCUGCUACUCUACAUCGAUGGGCUCCGACGGGAAGCAGUUCUCGACGUGGUCGAGAUCAACUCAUACCUGCAGCAUGCUCUAGAUCAAUGGUUCCUGAUACAUGACCGGACGAGUAUGGAGAACCUGGCUCUCAAUCAUCUCUGCUAUCCGGCUGCAUAUUAUCUGCGCAUCUCCCUGGUCGUGGACAUCCGGCAGACAAUGGACCUCAUGCGCAGCAAGCAGUUUGCAGCCAUGCGAAAGGUCCUCCGGGAGGGUGAUUUAGUCCAAGCGGCUGCCUUUGCGCGCGCGGCUAUGAUUCCGUGGGUGAUUAGCCGGCGGAAUCAAACGUCCAUGGUCGCUAUUCCAUGCGGGGUGGUUAUCGCGGAGUGGGCGAUUGACGUGAUGGACAACCAGCCCGAGGACUCGCCUCAACGGGAAGUGCUUCGGGGGUUUGAGAACUCGAUUCGCGAGUAUUGGCCUGUGGCACCCUUUGUGACUGCUGUGGAUGUCUGGAGAGCAGUUCGGAGAAUUAUUGCUAAUGGACCAGUCACAACGGCUUUAACACGGAGUAUGGAUGCAUAUGAGAUGUCCUUAGCAUUAGCUUAA